AUGACCAGCAUUAUGUCUGGAGCCCUCAUGUAUACGGUGAUGGUAGCAAACACCGCUGCAAUGAUGACUGAUGUGGAUUUAACAGCAAGAGCCUACAAGAACAAGAUGAAUCACCUGGAAGAUUAUAUGACCUUCAUGAAGCUUCCCAAAGCCCUUCGUAUGCGUAUCAACAACUAUUAUCAGUCUCGUUAUGCAGGGAAAUGGUACGAUGAGAAAGACGUCUUGAAGUGGGUGUCCUCAUCUCUCAGAGAGGAAAUUCUGAUAACCAUGUGUUCGGCCCUUGUGAGGAAAAUCCCCAUUUUGCGUAACUGUGAUAUAAACUUCAUCAACGGGCUUCUUGUGGAGCUGCAGUACGAGGUUUACCAGGAGGGAGACGUCAUCAUCCGACAGGACACUGCUGGAGAGCGGAUGUUCUUCAUCGAGCAUGGACAGGUCCUAGAGGAGAACGAGUUUUACCAGAGGGAACUGAGCGACGGAGACUACUUCGGAGACUCAUGUCUCCUAAGAAGAGGAAGGCGUUUGGCCACAGUAGAAGCUCAGACCACCUGUCAGCUCUUUUCCUUGUCGGUGGACAGUUUUUAUAAAGUUCUGGAGGACUAUCCAGACAUCAAGAGGGACCUGGAGAAAUCUCAACAGGAAAAAGACCUUUUGUUAUGAUGAGAAAAUGGUCACUCCUGCUUCACGUGAAUUUUCAGGCUGAGCUAUGAUAGGAUAUCUGGCAAAGAAGGGCAUUUACAUCGCUGCCGCCCUACAUCAGACAAGCAGAUUGGAAAAUGGAUAGAUGAAUGAAUAUGGGCAUUAAACAACCCCAUUGCAAUGGGAUUUUAGAUGGUUUAGUCUUCCUUGUCCAAGUCUUCCUUUAUCUCCUUCUACUGCUGUAAUACUUUCUAAUGCCCAAAGAAGGAAGCACCAUCACAGUUUAGAGGAGCCCGUCUCAAUUUUACUAAUGUAUUUAGGAUCUCUGCUUCUUGCUCCUCUAGUUUUUCCUAGCAGGAUCAUACUCAUUAUGUAUUCUUCAUUUCCCUGUUUUAUUUGAUCUGACUGGGUUCUUGUUUUAGGUGGACUCAUAGUUCUAUUAUCAGAGAAGAUAAAAAAAGAGAAUGAGUGCAGAAAAAAAAACACAAAUUUUGUCAGGGCCUGGAAAUAACCUACUAUAUUUUACAAAAAAUAAUUAGGUUUAUUUGCUUAAAGUUUUAUCAAAUGGUCCAAAACAAGACAAGGUCUUUUAUAAAGGAUGGAUGUUUCAAAAAGCCCUGAUUUAAAGAUAUGUAAUAAAAAGUUUGUGAAUAAGCAAGAAAAUAUCAUUUGGUCCACUUUUUGUUUGUUUGAUUUUGAAAACAUUUAUUUUUGUGAAGAUUGCAUUAUGUUUUUACUCCUGUCAGUACAAAAUAUGCACAGUUCUUCUUUAUUUUUAUUAUAUAUUUUUAGCACCUAAUAUCAUGUGAUCUUGUUCAUUAUGCCUAUAAAUCAACAUUGAAGAGUAGUUUGUCAACAGUUUUUGCCUUAAGCUGUAAAAGUUUCACUACAGUCAGAAAAAAUGUUAAAAUGUUACUCCUAUACAUGCAAAUAUAGAGAUCAAAUAGGGUUUCUUAGUUGAAACACACCAGAACCUUGUCUUUUGUCUGUCAAUAAAAUGUAAAUCAUGUAUUAAAGAAAAUGAAUUCUUUUUUUAAACUG